AACCCGUGUAAAUGUGCCCAGAAAACCCCGUCGCUCCCCUCGAAAGCCCUCUUCUCAUGAUCCGCCAUUAGGAGUGUGCCUGUGGUGGAUUGGACGCCAGGAUGCAGAUUUUCGUGAAAACCCUCACGGGGAAGACUAUAACCCUCGAGGUUGAGCCUUCAGAUACUAUUGAAAAUGUCAAAGCCAAAAUCCAGGACAAAGAGGGUAUCCCUCCCGAUCAGCAGAGGUUGAUCUUCGCUGGUAAGCAGCUGGAGGAUGGACGCACACUGUCAGACUACAACAUCCAGAAGGAGUCGACCCUGCACUUGGUGCUGAGGCUGCGUGGUGGUGCUAAGAAGAGGAAGAAGAAGUCCUACACCACCCCUAAGAAGAACAAGCACAAGAGGAAGAAGGUCAAGCUCGCUGUGCUCAAAUACUACAAGGUGGAUGAGAAUGGUAAAAUCCACAGACUGAGGCGUGAGUGUCCCGCUGACGAAUGCGGUGCCGGCGUCUUCAUGGCGAGCCACUUCGACCGUCACUACUGCGGAAAGUGCUGCCUCACCUACUGCUUCAACAAACCUGAGGACAAGUAGACAGGGACUUUCUGAGGGCGUUGAUAAUAAAGACGAAAAUGUUUGACAAAA